AUGGCCGAGGGCCAGAAACGAGGGGCCUUCAAGAAGUUCAAACUGUUCAAGUUCAAGGGCUUCGGGAGCCUGAGCAGCCUGCCCCGCGGCUUCGCGCUGCGGCGCGUGUCGGUGGCCACCGCCUCCGCCGAGGGCCUGGGCACGGCGCUGGGGGAGCCGCCCGACAGCGCCCGGGACGACCUGCACGCCAUGCCCAAGAGCCCGGCGCCCUACGCCAGGUCGUCCGACAUGUACAGCCACAUGGGCACCAUGCCCAGGCUCAACCUGCACAAGGCGGCCCGGAGCCCGGGCCAGGCCAGGAGCGCCCAGAGCAGCCGUGACAGAGGCAUCCCAAGUGCCACCGCCGCAUCCCCGCUCCCCGCGUCCUGCCGUGUUCCCGGCACRGACCCGCACGCACCAGCUGGGGACAGACGGCGGCAGGAGGAAGAGGCUGUGCCCUUGGACGCGCUGGGGGCAGCCAGGGCCGGGAGCGACCGGGAGCUUUCGGGGAUGGUCUCGCAGCCUGAGCCAGCGGCUCCAAGCCCCAGCCCAGCCCCGGGCCCAGCCGCGGUYGCUGGAGCAGGGACUGUCGGUGCCGACCUGCUGGAGAAGGGGCACGAGGGCCCCAGCGAGGGAGCACGGCGCAGCUCCCACGACAGCCUGGAGUCCGGCAGCGAGUACGUCAAGUUCUCCAAGGAGAAAUACAUCCUCGACUCGUCCCCGGAGAAGCUGCACAAGGAGCUGGAGGAGGAGCUGAAGCUGAGCAGCAGCGACCUGCGCAGCCACGCGUGGUACCACGGCCGCAUCCCGCGCGAGGUGUCGGAGAGCCUGGUGCAGAGGAACGGRGACUUCCUCAUCCGCGACUCGCUCACCAGCCUGGGCGACUAUGUGCUGACGUGCCGCUGGCGCAACGAGCCGCUGCACUUCAAGAUCAACAAGGCGACGGUGAAGUCCAGCGACAGCCGCACCCGCAUCCAGUACCUCUUCGAGCAGGAGAGCUUCGACAACGUGCCCGCCCUCGUCCGCUUCUACGUGGGCAACCGCAGGCCCAUCUCCGAGCAGAGCGGGGCCAUCRUCUACUGCCCCAUCAACCGCACGUUCCCGCUGCGCUACCUGGAAGCCAGCUAUGGACUGGGCAGCGGGAAGCACGGCGGCGCCCACAGCCCCACCACGCAGAAAGGGGGGCACAUAAAGCGCCGCAGCAUCACCAUGACGGACGGCCUGACGGCGGACAAGAUCACCAGGGCCGAGGGCUGCCCCAGCAGCGUGUCCCUGCCGCACCACAGAGACACCAUCCGCAACUGCGCCGUGAGCGUGGACCAGAUCCAAGACCUGCACUCCCCGAUGUCCCCCAUCUCCGAGCACCCCGCGUCGCCCGCCUACAGCACAGUCACGCGGCUAAAGCCGCCCGGCUGCCCGGCCGCGGCGCCGGCGCCCGCGGCGCCCAGGAGGUGCAGCGAGCCCCAGCUGUGCCCGCGCAGCAGCAGGGCGGCGGCGGAGCCCGCGCACAGCGCCCACUCCAGCCCCUGCCACGGCUACGCCCGCGCCUCGCCCUCGCCCUCGCUCAGCAGCUACAGCGACCCCGACGCCGGCCACUACUGCCAGCUGCACCCCGGCUCGCCCGGCAGCAGAGAACGGGCGACUCCAGACGCCAAGCAGCUCCCCRCAAAGAGCUACGUGGAGAGGCUAAAGGUGGAGGAAGGGCAGAGAGGGACUGUGGAGAGCGGCGCCGGCGACGAGGCCGGGCAGCGCCCGAAGGGAGAGCUGGACCUCAGGGCCUUUGUGCCCCCCAUCACGGAGACGGGCUCGUCCUUCCACCCCGCGGCCUUCCAGUCGCUGCUCAUCCCGCUGGAGAACAAGCCGCUGGAGAUGGCCGUGCUCAAGAAGGUCAAGGAGCUGCUGGCCGAGGUGGACGCGAAGACCCUCGCCAAACACAUCACCAAAGUGGACUGCCAGGUCGCCAGGAUCCUGGGCGUUAGCACGGAGAUGCAGCGGCUCAUGGGGGUGAGCUCCGGCAUGGAGCUGCUCACGCUGCCCCACGGCCACCAGCUGCGGCUCGACCUGCUCGAACGGUUUCACACCAUGUCCAUCAUGAUCGCCGUGGACAUCCUGGGCUGCACGGGCAGCACGGAGGAGAGGGCGGCCCUGCUGCACAAGAGCAUCCAGCUGGCGGCCGAGCUGAAGAGCACCAUGGGCAACAUGUUCAGCUUCGCCGCCGUCAUGAACGCCCUGGAAAUGACGCAGAUCGCGCGGCUGGAGCAGACGUGGGUGGCGCUGCGGCAGCGGCACACGGAGGGCGCCGUCCUCUACGAGAAGAAGCUCAAGCCCUUCCUGAAGAGCCUCAACGAAGGGAAAGAGGGGCCGCCGCUGAGCAACACGACGUUUCCUCACGUGGUGCCGCUCAUGACGCUGCUGGAGCGGGAGGCGGCCCUGCCGGAGCGCGCCGAGCCCUGGGAGCAGGCGGAGAGCGGCGUGGAGGUGCUCAUGGCGCACCUGGAGGCGGCGCGCRCCGUGGCGCAGCACGGCGGCCUCUACCACACCAACGCCGCGGGGAAGCUGCAGGGCUUCCAGGGCAAAGCGGAGCUCCUGGAGAUCUUCAGCACCGAGUUCCAGCUGCGGCUGCUGUGGGGCAGCCGCGGGGCUGAGAGCGGCCAGGCCGAGCGCUACGAGAAGUUCGACAAGGUGCUCACGGCGCUCUCGCACAAGCUGGAGCCCGCCGUGCGCUUCAGCGAGCUGUAGGCGCCCCGCGGCGCGCGCCGCCGGGACCGGGAGCAUCCCGGGGACGCCGGA